ACACUCGUUAAAUUUCUGUAUUAAACGGUUUUCAACAAUUCCAUCACCAAAAUUAAUUAAUUACAAAAUACGGCUUAAUUAAGUGAAUAUUAUCUAAAUUGGAAGUCAAUGUGAAGAAUGAAAAAUCUUAUAUUCUUUAAAUAUGUGCUAAAAACAAUAACAUUGAGUCAUAUUGAAUUUAAGUAACGAAAUAUUAGAUUUAGUGAUUUUUAUAUUUAUAAAUAAUACUUUAAAAUGGAAGCAUUUGGAAACUUCUUUAAGUCUUUGUCGGAAUCACUAAAUGUUACUCAUGAAACACCGAAUACUGACGAAGAUCAAUUACGAAGAGAUUCAACAGUUUCAGAAAGUGGAUACGGCUCUGAUACUUCAAGAUCCAGCGAAAGUAAUAUUAAUGAAACUAGAAGAGCUCAUUUACGAGCAGCAAUUACUAAUCAAGCCAGAGAAGACGACGAUGAGGAAUUUGAAACUAGAGGAAUGCGAAAUAAUCAACGAUUUACAUCAAAUAAUUCAAGGUCUGGAUUAUCAACAGGUGCAGUUGUUGGAUUGGCAGCACUAGCUAUUGGAGGAUAUGCUAUUGGAAAAGCAUUUUUAUCAAGUAACAAGAAAAUAUCGGAAUCAAAAGAAGAGAUUGUUGAGAAAAUAAAGGAAAUUGAAAAAGACUCAAAAGAGUUUCCUGUCGUUGGGUUUGAUUGUCAAUGGACACAAACGUUUGAAGGAUCUCGAAGGAAUAAAAUUGCUCUCAUUCAAAUUGCAUCACAUAAAGGAAACGUCCUGUUGAUUCAAAUGUGUAGACUUUAUACGUACCCAGAGGAAUUAAAAGCUUUCCUUCGCAAUAGAAACAUCAUUAAAUCAGGAAUUGAAGUACUGAAGGAUGCACGUUAUUUACUCGAAGAUUACGGCCUAGUUGUUUCAGGAACAUUUGAUCUAAGAUUUUUAGCCGAAGACACUAGCCAUGAGCCACAAGGUUUGCCAAAAUUAGCAAACAAAGUUUUAGGUAUGGAACUAGGAAAAGAUUGGGAAUUAAUUGCUUCCGACUGGAACAAAGAGGUUUUAGAUGACAAUCAGCAAACUUAUGCACAAAAGGCAGCAAAAGCUUCGGUAGACAUAUUCAAGACUUUAAUAAGCUUUGUGAUAAGUGAUGUUAACCGACCAGAAAUACUUAACUAUUGUGCUGAAUAUUUGGAUAGAACAUAUAUAUUUUAUUCUCAAAAAUAUUGAACGGAUUUACAUCUUCAAGUAACCAAGUCUUUUACCUUUUGAAAAGUUAUUAAAAAAUAAACAUGUAAUAAAAAUAUUAAUU